CCCCAUUCAAAGUCCCAUCUUCCUCUCGUCUUCCAUCAUCCUUCUUUUUUUUUCUUCUUCUUCUUUUUUCUUCUUCCAUUCUUUGCAGUUGGGAAAUCGUCAUGGCGUUUCGCGGCGAACGUUUCGUCAUCGACCUCCCUGAUGAUGGAGAUGGCGAUCCUGCCGUCGUUCAGCCCCCGGCCGGGCCAUCGCUCGAUCUUAUCGGCGACAUCAUGGAGCGUACGCCUACUGCCGCACCGCCAGCGCCUAAACCCCCAUCAGCCUCCAAUGGGUUUCCUGCCCAUAGGAGGCGCACGAAGCCAUCUGCGUUCAAACAGAGGAUGACUGCACAGGCUGAUGUGGCUAGUCAGGGUUCAGCACGGCCUGUUGGUGAUGGCGAGUUGAAGACAACACAUACUGAUCGCUCUUCGAUAGCUGAGGAAAAGAGGUCGAUUGAUGAGGAGAAUAGACGGAAGUUGGCGUCCAUGAGCCCCGCGCAAAUUGAAAAGGAACGCUCAGAGCUUCUCUCAGGGCUUAGCCCCUCGCUCAUUGAAAGGCUACUCAAAAGGGCGAAUCUCGAUGAACAAUCGGCUGCUGAAGAUGCCCCUCGUGAACUGACCGCUACCGACAAGCUGCAUCCAGAGAAAGGGCUGGAGAUAUCGGGGCAUCCCUCUAGAUCGGCGGAGCUUAGUGGCUCUGACGCUUCCAGGAAACCUACAGAAGAAUCCUCUACAGAAUUUCUGCCUCCGAGGCCAUCUACGUCGUCAGGUUUCGAUGGAUCACCGUCUGCUGUGAAGGAUGGUACCUUAAACGAAGACUUGCCGCCUCCACGUCUGCCAGACGACUUGCAUGCUGCAUCUGAGUUGCCGUCUGUGAAUAUCCAUUUUCCCGCUCCGCCGCCACGCCAAAGCCCAAUGCCGAACCUCGACCCGUCUUCUCCAUCCUUCCUCGCCGAUCUCCAAUCUCACUAUUUCCCUGAUACCCCUCACGAUCCUUCAGCGCUCUCCUGGAUGCAGCCUCCGUCGAUGGAUCCCGAGGAUCCGGAGGCUGCUUCUGCCUAUCACCCUGCCAGUACCGCAACGUCAGUUUCCCCUUCCGCUCUUCGAUUCUCCCUGCUAGGAACUGUCCUCUCCCCAUCCACAUCCUUGUCUCUUCCAACGUCUCUGGGGCUACACCACCAUUCUUUGGAUCCUCAAGCAGCAGGUUACACGAUACCAGAACUUGGGAUCCUCAGUCGCUCCACCGUCCCUGCGCAGCGCUGUAUUGCCUGGCAAGUUAUCGGACGUAUUCUGUUCAGGUUAGGCAAGGGCGAGUUUGGUGAGAGGGGCAGCACCCUUGUUGAGGGAUUGUGGGAUGUCAUAGAGAAGGAGGCUGUCGUAGCUGGUAUGCUCACCGAGGCCGAUGGGUGCGAGUCUGGCUCGGGAGCAACGGACAAGGGGCUUAGCAGCAAUGGAGGUAUUGGAAGGCAUGCUAGCGCCAAGGCAUGGGCCCUUGAAGGUGUCUGGCUGUGGCGACUAGGGGGUGGGGGAGACCGUGGGCUGCCUAGAGAAGGUAGCGUUCGCUCUCGGUAGGUUACAGACAUGCUCAUAAUGGACAUUCAACCCAUGCAUGGUCAUGUCGGGCGGUUGGUUAUAUUUAACGAGCUUAAUGACUUCUCCCGGUUAGCUACAUAGAAAAACAAGGCCCAACGUGGUGCCAUGAAACUCACUUUUGCCACGAUUGGCAGAGCCUUUGCUACUUCAUGUGGCAUGACUCUGCGCAUUAAGAUGGGCCUGAGAUUGCUUACUGAUCCCUUCCAUGAGUGUGCACAUAAUUUGAUUUGAAUGGCGAUAUGGGGGAUCCUUGCACUGGCUAUGAAGUUAUGAUGCGAAGGAUGGCCUUCAAAGACUUGAGAGGCAAUGAGUAUAGAACAACCCUCUUUUAGUAUAAUUGUAAGAGCAAUAGUAUCACAGAGUGAAUUAUAAUGAGCCCUUUACUCGUGUAAAAAGGCAAAUACGCAUCGAGGUCCAUUAUUGAACGCCU